AUGCAGCUGCGCCAGGCCAUGUUUCUCUCCGCUUCGUCUUUCGCUGGGGCUUUUGGCGGGCUCCUGGCCUUCGGAAUCGUCAAGAUGGAUGGCAUUGGCGGCCUCGAGGGUUGGAGAUGGAUCUUCAUCGUCGAGGGUAUCGUGACCGUCGCCGUCGCCGUGCUCGCUUGCUUCUGCCUCUACGACUUUCCAGAGACGGCCAAGUUCCUAACGGAGGAGGAGCGCGCUUUUGUCGUGCACCGGCUGAGGUAUCAAGGCCAAACGACCACGAGCACCCAAGACGGCGUGGUGCCAAUGGCUGUGUCGCAGGCUGAGGAGUUCAAGUGCGAUUAUAUCUGGCAGGCGUUCAAGGACUGGCAUGUCUGGAUCAGCAUCCUCAUGGGCUGGGGUGUAAGUGCCGAGCUGCCAGGCGCCGACAACUUUACUGACAUGUACUCUGGUCAGCUAACGUGUCCGCUGUUCGGCUUGAGCCUGUUCCUCCCAACCAUCAUCAGGGCGCUUGGGUACACUUCCAGCAAGGCGCAGCUGAUGACGGUGCCCAUAUACACCAUGGGAGCCAUACUUAGCCUCGUCAGCGCCCGAUGUUCCGACAGAGUUGGCAAGCGGAGCCCGUUUUUACUAGGAUGCAUGACCGUGAUGGUCCUCGGCUUCUCCAUGUGCAUUGCCUCGGGCGACCCAAAGGUUGUCUACGGAGGCGUCUUCAUCGCGACCUGUGGCGUGCAUUCUGCGUCCCCAGGCUCCAUCUCCUGGAUGUCCAACAACCUCGCGGGCGGGUACAAGCGUAGCGUCGGCAUGGCGAUUUAUCUCGCAGGUGCCAACCUUGGGGGUGUCGUGGCGUCUAACCUUUACAGGGCAAAGGACGGCCCCAGAUACGUUAUGGGCCACGGGAUAGCGGUGGGGUUCGAGAUACUGGGUAUGGUUGCUGUCGUGAUUCUCAUAAUGGGCUACCACGCGAGCAAUCGGCGACGCGAGCGGCUGCUGGCCGAAGGAGCAGCAGCACGGUUUACGCCGGAGGAGCUAUCUGCCCAGGGCGACAAGGCGGUCACGUUCCGAUACAUGUUAUAA